AUGGCGACCUCCAGCUACAAGUACUUCCUGGUGGAUACACCAGCGCCCUUCGUAGCACAUGUACAAAUCAACCGGCCCAAAAAGAUAAAUGCCUUCUUCGAAGAGAUGUGGCUUGAGCUAAAAACCAUAUUCGAUACCCUCUCCAUCUCCCCCGACAUCCGCGCAGUGAUCCUCUCUGGCGUAGGGGACCGCGGCUUCACUGCAGGACUGGACGUGCAAGCCGCGAGCCAAGAAGGGGUAUUAGCACAACAAGCUGGAGUUGAUGAUGCGGCGAGGAAAGCAGUCGCGAUUAGGCGGCAUGUGCAGGAAUUUCAGGAUUGUAUUGGGAGCAUUGAGAAGUGUGCAAAGCCUGUUAUUUGCGUCCUGCACGGCGUCGCCCUCGGUCUCGCGAUCGAUAUCGCAACCUGCGCUGACAUCCGACUCUGCACCUCUAACAUAAGUUUCGCCGUUAAAGAGGUCGACAUCGGUCUCGCAGCUGACAUUGGCACUCUCUCGCGACUCCCCAAAAUUGUGGGCUCCACGUCUUGGGUAAAAGACGUCUGUCUCACCGCCCGUAUAUUCGGCGCCGAAGAAGCCCUGCGUGUCGGUUUCGUCAGCCACGUUUUGGAGAAUAAGAAUGCUGCCCUGGGCAGGGCGAUGGAGAUGGCUAAGCUGUUGGCGGAGAAGAGCCCCAUUGCUGUGCAAGGGACAAAGGAGUUGCUGAAUCAUUCGAGGGACCACGCGGUUGCAGAGAGCUUGAAGUAUACUGGUUUGUGGAAUAGUGCUGCUAUUCAGACGAGUGACGUUGAGAGGGCGAUGUUGAGUGGCUUGAAGAAGACGAAACCAAGGUUUGAGAAGCUUUAG